AUGGGGGCAAUCAAGCCGGCGGUCGCAGACAGGAUAAUGACCUUCGGGUGGGUGUUCUGCACCUCAACGCUCGGGGCGGCGACAAUGGUCAUCGCCUUCCUGCUCGGGCUCAACCAGGAUGUCCUGCCGUGGGCCUCCCUGGCCAUCACCAUGGCCCUCGUCUUCGUCCUCAUCAUCGUCUUCGAGGUCAUCGGUGGAGCAAUCGGCGAGGCGAGCUCAACCCCACCGCCACAGCGUCGUUCUACGCCGAUCUCUAGGGGCCGUUGGACGGGAACUUGCCAAGUCGAACAGAGGGGAGCGGGAGGAGGAACAGUGGAGGGGGAGGAGGAAGACGAUGAAUAG